AUGGUUUCCUCCGACGACAAGAUCAUCAUCGUCGGCGCAGGCGUGUUCGGUCUGAGCACGGCUUUGUGGCUGUCCAGAAGCGGAUACAAGAACAUCACCAUCUUCGACCGCUGCACGCUGGACAAGAAUUUUUAUGACCCGUCCAAUGGCUGCGAUGGUGCAUCUGCAGACAUCAACAAAGUUUUCCGCAUGGCAUACGGGGAGGAGCAAGUGUACCAAGACCUCGCAAUCGAGGCGCGGGAAAUCUGGCUGUCCUGGAAUACGAGGAUCAAGGAGAGUGCAGCUGCAGAUCUUCCUCCGGGGCUGUCCCCAGAGGACCAGCUGCUCUACUUAUGUGGGAGCUACUUUCUUGCCGAGGGCUCGGAGCUGCGAGACUUCUACAAAGAGAGUUUGCAGACCAUGCAGGAAACAGCCCCAGACUUUCGAAAGAUGCAGUUUGUCAAAGGUGACGUGAACGACGAGCAUCGGCUGCGCAACAUCAGUCCGAAAUGGGUAGACAAGUACCACAUGCUCGAUGGGAUCAACGGAAAUAACACCAAUGGCUUUAUCGACAUCAACGCGGGGAUCACCAUCGCGGACAAGGCCUGUGUGUAUGCACGAUUUCUGUGCGAGAAACUAGGAGUGAAAUUCGUUCUCGGAGACCCCGCAGGCAAAAUUGACAGAUUGAUGGUGGAAGACACUGGCUCAAGCAAACGAGUCAAGGGGAUCAAGACUGUCGAUGGUCUCACUCACACCGGUGAUCUUGUCAUCGUGGCUGCCGGCAGCUGGACCGCUUCGAUCAUCCCUGAGGCCCACCAGACCGUCGAAGCGACCGCUGGGACCGUCAUGUUCAUUGAUAUUCCUCCACACCGACAAGAUCUGCGGGACAAGUUCCAUCCCGACAAUUACCCAGUAUGGUCGUACCGACGGGGGGGGGGAGAAAAUUACUAUCAGGGAGGAGGCUUCCCGAUCAGCAAGAGUGGCCGUCUCAAAUUUGGCUACCGGGGGCGCAAGUACACAAACUUCCAAGACCACCCUACUGCGCCCAACUUGCGUAUCUCGACCCCCCGCACCAAAUGGAGCGACAAUCAGAUCAACACCGUACCCCUUCACCCCCUUUCACAUAUGAAGCGAGUUAUUUACGACGCUUUUCCUGAGUUGGCGGAGUUUGGCUUUACAGACAGCAGGUUAUGUUGGUACACGGACAGCAUUGACAACCACUUUGUGAUUGAUUAUGUUCCCGGGUACUCUGAUUCCCUCUUCAUCUGCACUGGUGGCUCCGGACAUGGAUUCAAGUUCCUGCCCAUCCUUGGUCGACACGUCAAGAAUCAACUCGAGCGCGUCCCCGAUCAGUUCACGCCUCUCUGGAAGUGGCGUUCCGUCGUGGAAGGCAACCCCAACAACGGCCUGUCUGAGGGCGAGGAAGGCCCCAGAGAUAUGAAGAAGCUCAAGUUGGCUGAACGUGGCAUCAAAGGACUUUACAUUCGAAAGGGUAAGCAGAAAGCACCACGGCCCGGGGACUAA